AUGAUUGAUGUCAAACUCCCCCUCGAAAAGGAGACUAGUUCACCUUAUCUAGAACAAUCAUUGCAUUCUUGGGUGAAAGUGCAAAAGUGUUCAGAGGAAACUUCUGUUCUUUUGGAUGGCGAGAAUUUAGAUAUCCCAAGUGUUGUCGCUGUUGCCAGAUAUCAUGGGAAAGCCACCGUCAACUUAGACGGCAAUAUUGUCGACCGAGUCAAUUCUAGCGUAAAAUGGCUUCGAGAGUACCUCGCAAAAGGCUAUGAUGUCUACGGCGUUACCACCGGGUUUGGCGGCAGUGCGGAUUCGCGCACUUUGGAUUUCCAUGGCCUUCAGGCUGCUCUCCUACAGUUAACCCAAACGGGGGUUUUGACUGACUCUGACUUCGCAACUGAAAAGGCCAACUACGAUAUCGGAUUCCACAGCAUGCCAGUCACCUGGGUGCGAGCCACGGUCCUUAUUCGUUGCAAUCACCUGCUCCGGGGACACUCUGGCGUGAGAUAUGAGAUUAUCGACAGUCUCUUGAAACUACUGGACCUUGGAAUGACCCCAGUUGUUCCGUUGCGAGGAUCUAUUUCUGCCUCCGGAGACCUGAUGCCAUUGGCCUACAUUGCUGGUAUCCUCGAAGGCAAUCCGGAUAUCAAAGUGCAUUGGGAUAAGGACGCGAAAGGAACUCCGACUGUCAUCUCUGCACCAGAAGCUUUGAAUAUUGCGAAGCUUGAUCCGAUCAUUUUGGGACCUAAAGAAGGCUUGGGCCUGCUCAACGGAGCGGCAGCAUCUGCAGCAGUGGCAAGUCUGGCUGUGUAUGACACCAACCAGCUCGCUACCCUCUCUCAAGUCAUUGUGGGAAUGUCCUGUGAAGCGCUCCUAGGCAAUGCCGAAAAUUACCACCACUUUAUCGCUGCUAUCCGGCCGCACAGCGGUCAGCUAGAGGUCGCUCGGAACAUCCGAAAUUUUGUGCGUGGCUCUUCCCUUCUGGAAACGUCUGAAACCAAAGAUCGCACCCGUGCCGGUUUAUUCCAGGACCGCUAUGCGAUUCGAGGUGCAUCUCAGUGGCUGGGUCCUGGCCUCGAAGAUCUUCUUCUCAGUAUCAAACAGCUCAGUGUUGAGUUGAACUCUACACAGGAUAACCCUGUGAUCGAUACAGAGUCAGGGGAAGUGUACUCUGGAUGCAAUUUCCAGGCUGCCUCUGUCACAACAGCGACCGAAAAGACGCGUCUAGCAUUACAAAUGAUGGGCAAGAUGCUGUUCAGCGUUUCUUCUGAGCUCAUCAACCCUGAUCUGAACAGAGGACUACCACCCAACCUCACGGCUGAUGACCCAAAUCUCUCCUUCACUAUGAAGGGAGUUGACAUCAAUAUGGCAGCGUACAUGUCGGAGCUCGCCUUUUUGGCAAACCCAGUUUCAUCGCAUGUUCAAUCAGCCGAGAUGAAUAAUCAGCCAAUCAACUCGCUCGCCCUGAUCUCUUCAAGAUAUACUAUGCAGGCGGUGGAGACUUUAUCCUUGAUGUGCGCCGCUCACCUUUACGUUGUAUGCCAAGCUCUUGACCUUCGAGUCCUCAGUGUCCAAUUCCAGGAUACCCUGGACAAGGAACUGGACAAGAUAACCCGCGAUGUCUGCGAUCAGCUUGCCAAUGAGCAGCUGGAUUCCUUGGUGGCAUCUUUGUCAAAGGCAGCUCGCAGUUCCUGGUCUGCCUCCGCACGGGAAAACCUCCAGCUCCGUGCACAGCUCCUUGCGAAUGAAGUGGCGAAUCCACUACUAGACUUCUUGCAAAAACAUGGCUCAAGUUCUUCUCAGUACCCUGAGCGCCUUUCAACAGUUGCCGAAGUCAAGGCCCGUGUUGGCGCCGUGUGUGAGAACCUAUAUGCAACAAUGCGAACCGCAGCCUGCUCGGACCCUCAAACCGAGAAGUAUCUUGGACACGCGUCUAAACUACUCUAUCAGUUCGUUCGAUGCGAGCUAGAGGUCCCCUUCCACACGGGACAGGUUGAGCACCCAACGGUCAAAGAGGGAUUCAAGCUGAACCGCGAACGCAAAACAGUCGGGUCCUGGAUUUCUAUCAUCUACCAAGCCAUUCGCGGGGGUCAGGUUGCGACGACACUGAUACAAUUGGCGGAUUGCUUUCACCAUUGCCGGGACACAAAAGUGGUGGAGUGA